UAGGUCAUUUCUAAAUUCUAAUACAUCAUGAAACGUUGUCGUUUGGGUUUCCUAAUUCCUCUAGGGAUCUAUACAUGGAAUGAUCCAAGUCUAAAAUCGGUUCCUCUAUUUCCAAUCCCACCUCAAAGAUUUACGUCUCCGCAAAUCUGCCGAGUUUCUCGCCUUUGGGAGUUGAAAAUGUCAGGCAAAGCUAUCUUUUCUGCUUUUGUUGGAUCCAUUGGUAUUGCAUAUGUGUGCGACUAUUUGAUUUCUGACAAGAAGAUUUUUGGAGGUAGUACCCCUUCAACAGUUUUGAACAAAGAAUGGGAGCUGGCGACUGAAAAAAAGUUUAGAGCGUGGCCGCGAACUGCCGGUCCCCCAGUGGUGAUGAACCCCAUCAGCAACCAGAACUUCAUCGUCAAAGCCACCCUCAACGAGUAAAUGCAGUCCUUUCUCCGUGCACCCAUGAUUUAAACCUCUUGUGCUUAAACAUGGCAUAAUACAAUUCGCAGAGUGAAUCUUUUCUGUUGGAAUUCUGCUGAUUGGUUGACUGUAGAUCUCUCCACUUUAUACUGCUGAGUUUUUUCAAAUAAGUUUUGUAUGCUUGACAUGUUUUUUCGAAUUUGUCUCAUCAUUGAAGGAGUUGAUUAUGAUAAUUUGAUCAUUGAUCAUGCUUGAGGUA